CCGACAGCCAGGGGAGAGAGGCGACGGCGGCUCGGCGCUCCCGGAGAACAGGGAUCAUGGAAACAGAUUUGGUCCUUAAGUUCGUAGCCAACACAACUUCGGCAGAGUUUAACUGAAGCAAGCGUCUUUGCGAGUGCCUGUGGCAAGAGGAGGAAGGCAGGUUCCUCAAAAUUAGCACUAUGACUGAUGGAGACUAUGAUUAUCUGAUCAAACUCCUGGCCCUUGGAGACUCUGGGGUUGGAAAAACAACGUUCCUGUACAGAUACACCGAUAACAAAUUCAACCCCAAAUUCAUCACGACAGUAGGGAUAGAUUUUCGGGAAAAACGAGUGGUAUACAACAGCAGAGGAGCAAAUGGAUCUCCAGGAAAAGCCUUCAAAGUCCAUCUCCAGCUUUGGGACACGGCCGGCCAGGAAAGGUUUCGAAGUCUCACCACGGCGUUUUUCAGAGAUGCCAUGGGCUUUUUGCUGAUGUUUGAUCUCACCAGCCAACAGAGCUUCUUAAAUGUCAGAAAUUGGAUGAGUCAGCUACAAGCCAAUGCAUAUUGUGAGAACCCAGAUAUAGUCUUAAUUGGCAAUAAAGCUGAUUUAUCAGACCAAAGGGAGGUAAACGAAAGGCAAGCAAAAGAUCUGGCAGACAAAUACGGCAUUCCCUACUUCGAAACGAGCGCUGCUACGGGGCAGAACGUGGAGAAGGCCGUGGACACGCUCCUGGACUUGAUAAUGAAGCGUAUGGAGCAGUGUGUGGACAAGACACAGGGCUCCGACACAGCCAACGGGGGCAGCUCGGGGAAACUGGAUUCGGCAAAACCGGAGGAGAAGAAGUGUGCCUGCUAAACAUCACCCUCUUAAACUGUGAAAAUCAAGGGAAAACAGUUCUGACCUACCACCACAUUCCAACCGGGCUCUCUGGAGCCCCUCACGGAAGCAAAGUUACCCUCGUUUUAUCGGGAUUGUGCGGUUUGUUGUUUUUUUUUUCUCCUCUCUCCAAAGAACUGGUUUCAAACUUCGCGCUGUGUUGCGGUGAGGCUCUUGUGCUGAAAUGAUUCUUCCUGAUACGGUGCCAUCAAUCACGGAAAGCUCUCCCACCUCUUCUUCCCCCCUUCCUUUUCCCCCCCAGCCCUCAUCUUUAUUUUUCAUGGGUUCAGGAUACUGAAUAGAGGAAAGUAGCUUUAUUUUUGUAAAAAAAGGAGGGAAAGACCCUAUUGUCUGCAUACACUGGAUACUGAAAUUAAAAUGGAGGUGGGUGGUUUUCUA